GGCAAAAGGAAAAUUUGUUCCUGUUAAUGUCGUGCAAUCUCAAUCAACGGUCCCUUCAAUAGAGGCAAAACUCGGGUUGUAGACUUGCAGUGUAAUAUGGACUCGCAGCACUGAAGUCUCUCGUGUCGCUCUCAUGCUACUACUUGUAUAUCUCCACCACACACACCAUUGGUGCUCACCCAGACUUCUGAUUUCAUUCAGAACCAUAGAAUUGCUAUCACAUCCAAGCAAAAGCAAGAGGAUUUUAUCAUGGCGGAGCUCAUCUUCUCGGCGGUUGUCGGGGACAUGGUCGGCAGGGUGAUAUCUCUUCUUGCCGGCCAGUUCAAGGGCCAAGGGUGCACAGACGCCAAGCUACGGAGGAUUUGCCAUAUGCUUGUCAAGGUUCACAGUGCAGUAGAGGAGGCCAAAGGGAGGCAGAUCACAAACUGCGGCACCCUCGAGUGGCUCUCGGAGCUCAACGACGGUGUGUACCAGGGCCACUACUUGCUCGACACGGUCCGGUGCAGAGAUCAGGAGCUUGAAGAUGAGCAUGCUGACAAGGUAGUGGGACAGCCUUUCUCUUUAUCCUUGCUUAAUCCUGCAAAGCGCGUGCGCGUAGCGGCGUGUGCCGUGAAGAGCCUAUUGUCUCGCCAUGAUGUUGGUGUUGGUGAGGACAUAGAUAGAGUGGUAGAGAUCUUGGAAACCGUAUCUACUGAUCUCAAGGAGUUCAUGAUGCUCCUACACAACUGCCAGCCCAUCCAUCGUCCUUUGGCUACUAAUAUCUUUGUCGAGGGGCAGAUGUUCGGCAGACACAUCGACAAAGAGAGGAUCAUCAACUUCCUGUUGCACGAUGGUGGUCCGUCAACUGGAGAAAAAGUGGGUGUGCUUCCCAUCGUCGGCGACAUAGGAGUCGGGAAGACCACCCUUGCGCAGCAUGUCUGCGAUGACGAGAGGGUGCGCAGCCACUUUCCAAUAAUCUUAUAUUCCAAUCUCUCAUACACCAGGGCAAUGGCAAGGGGUGAGGCAGCGUUAGUUCUAGGAUCCAGACACACAGUUAAAGAUGCUAAAGAAUUCAUCGAGUCACUGCAUGUACUCAAGCAGAAAUACUUCACCAAGAGGUUCUUGAUGGUAUUUGAAGAUGUUGACGCGGACAAGCAGCAGUUGCUAGAAGAGAUAUUGUUGAUCUUAAGACAUGGAAAACAUGGAAGCAGGAUCAUAAUCACCACAAACAGCAGGGCCAUUGCGGCGAGCAUGGGAACGGUGCAGCCCAUCAGUCUGAAGGUUAUGCCACACCAGGAGUAUUGGUUCUUCUUCAAAGCGCACGCGUUUGCCGGCAGAGAUGUCGAGGAGGACCCAAGGAUGCUAGCAGAAGGCAAAGCGAUUGCAAGGAAGCUAAAUGGAUCCUUCUUCGGAGCGAAAAUCAUCGGCGGGGUGCUGAAGGCUCAUCCGAAUCCUCAGUUCUGGCGCAGGGUGCUGAGAAGCAAUAUAGGGGGGUUAUCUCUGUUGGGUGAUGGAAUUGAGUACAUUGCAGAUUUGACAGAGAAUUUGCUACCAAUCGGCGCAGACAUGUGUAAGGUGACCAUUUCUAAGAGUCCAUAUCCCUCUCAGACGGAGCUGGCUAGGUUGGUAUAUCAGGCAAGUCCUAGUGCUGGUGUUGUUGCCUCGCGUGGUGAUAACGGGUUUGCAAGAGUCUUGUUGUGCAGGUCAGUGUUGCCCUUCCAAUUAUUGUACUACACUGCUCAUUGCAGUGUCCGCGGGCCGAACUAUUCACCAGAGUUCAUCAAACUUGAAAGAAGUAGAUUAGCCCAUCUUACUCUUACUCCCAUCAAGAAAAGAUUUCCUAAUAUCAGUAAUAUAUGUGUGUGAAGAUCAGACAGGAA